AUGGCCCCCAAGAUCCUAGUCGUUCUCACCAGCGUCGAUAAGAUCGAGUCUAUCAACAAGCCCUGUGGGUGGUUUCUGCCCGAAUUCUCUCACCCCUAUGAUAUCCUCGCUGCCAAGGCCGAUAUUGUAGUCGCCUCGCCAAAGGGCGGCGUAGCUCCACUCGACCCUGCCUCCCUCGAAUUCUCUAAGGAUGAUGAGGCUGCGAUGUCUUUCUAUAAGAACAAAUCUGCUGUAUGGGAGAACACUGCUCCAGUCAAGGAUUUUCUUGGCAACACGGAUGAAUACGCCGCCUAUUCUAUCCAGCUCGUUCAGGAGUUCGUCGCCGCUGGGAAGCCUGUCGCCGCCGUCUGCCACGGCCCUGCAGCAUUUGCCAACGUCAAGGGCCCGGACGGUGAAUAUCUCGUGAAGGGCAAGACUGUAACUGGUUUCACGAAUGUAGAGGAGGAUGCCAUGCAAAUGACAAGCGCUAUGCCGUUCCUGCUGGAAGAUGCACUCGUGAACGCCGGUGCCAAGUUUGUCAAGACUGAACCCUGGGGUGAGAAGGUCGUCACUGAUGGGCUUGUGAUUACCGGGCAAAACCCUGCCUCCGCUGCUGGUGUUGGAAAGGCCAUCCUGCAGUCUCUUGGGAUUUAA